CGACAUGAAUCACACUACUAAGAGCUCUCUCGAGAUUCACCUUGACUACCCUACCGGCCUAAUACUAACCCUCUACGGUUAGACGAUGUAAGCUUACACAGCGCUGUAAGCGCUGUGGGGGUGGCUACGUGCGCAAACCGAUUUCCCCCCAAAAUUCUACGUCAGUACGUAGAGGCAACCCGCGCGAGCCACCCGCUACGCUCCACCCCCGUGCGUCUUUUGUUUUUGUAAGCCAAUUUUCAUUAAUAAAAACCCAACCCUGUGAAUAAUAACGAGUGUUAUUUCUGUAAGAUAACCUUGUGGUUUCGUUUGAAUUGUGCGUGUUUGUUUUUAUCUGUGCAUCUUGAUGAGAUUAAGCUAAUCGUUCGCGUGUAUUGCGUUUUUUGAAUGUGUGUGUGUGAAAAGUGCGUUUUUUGGAUUUGGAUGUGUUAUUAAUGAAAAACGGGCGCUAGAGUGAGUGCGCACGCGCCAUGAUCACGUGCGUGCGCUGCGACAGCUGACAGGAGCUGCGCGAAGUCAUGUCCACCAAGAAGCACUCGCCGCAAACCAAGCGGUCCGAGGCGCUGAGCGGGCGGCUGUCAAAGUCUGCGUCCGAGCUGUCAUGCGCGUCGCCGGCGCCGCGGACGCCGCCGCCGCGCGCGCGCUCCGCGCACCACCACGCGCCGCUGUCAGUCGUGCACCGCACGCAGCACUUCUUUACUAACCUGAAGAGCCGAUGGCAGCGCAGCAGAAGCAGAGAGCGGUGUCCAGCCGGCACGGCGUUCUCGCUGGCGCCCGGCCAGGACAGCAGUGGCACCGAGUACGCUGGCGAUGGCAGUUCGGAACACAGCACGCCUGCCAACUCCCCCAGGAGACGCAAGACUGAGCGGUGUCCGGCCGGCACGGCGUUCUCGCUGGCGCCCGGCCAGGACAGCAGCGGCACCGAGUACGCUGGCGACGGCAGUUCGGAACACAGCACGCUAGCCAACUCCCCCAGGGGACGCAAGACUGGUCAGUGUAGGUUAGAGAGAGAGCGGUGUCCGGCCGGCACGGCGUCCUCGCUGGCGCCCGGCCCGGACAGCAGCGGCACCGAGUACGCUGGCGAUGGCAGUUCGGAACAUAUCACGCCGGCCAACUCCCCCAGCACGGCUAGCACAUGA